CAGGGCUAUUAAGGUAAAUAAUUCCAGUCUGACCCUUACAAAUGGGCCAUCUGACGCCACAGAGCCUAGAGAUAAUCCUAGUGGCUUAGACUGGCACCCUGCUGAGAGGCUGUUAACGGCAGCAGGCGGAUGAAGUGAUAGAAAGUGCAGUCAGGAGUUUCACGUCCCAAAUACAAGACAAAACAUAUAUGGAGGAGACAUGUUAUGAUUCACACGGAAGAGACUAUCAGGAUAGCACAGGGGACGAAGAAUCGAAUGAAGAACAGGAGGAUCAUUCAACUUUGAUUGAGGGCCAGGAAAAGUGGAGGGAAAAUGACGAAGGAGAAGACGGCUCUCCUGAAGAUGUGACUCAUCUUGAUGAGGAGGAAGAUGAUGGAAUAUCCCAGGACAUUUGUGGUUUUGCUGAGACAGAAUCCAAACUAAACACAGAAAAUACAGAGGAUGUGGAGACCCCAAAGCUGUCCAGUCUGAGUGAUGAUUAUUUCGAGUCCUGCCGUAACAAGAUGGACGCAUCAAUGGGCGAUCAGCUACCAGAUAUCCAAACAGAGAUGUUCAGUGAUGAUGAAGAGGAGGCUGACAACUAUACCCUCAGAAAACACAGAGGUAGUGGUACCAGCCAGUUGCAAGGGUCCCGAGACUCGAUCUCUGAAGACAGCAGGAAAAUAGCGACUGAAAUCCAACAAGGAGAGGAACUGCUUCAACGUCUGCAAAUGCUGCAGCUGCGACAGGAUGAAUGUACACCGGAGAGUCCUCAGACCUCCAAGACUGUUGUCCACGAGACGGGAGGUGAGACGAAGGGUGAGCUUAGGGAUGAAUUAGAUAAUUUCAAAGCAGAAGAAGACGAUCUGCCAGGUGGAGAUGAGACAGAAGAGGAAAGAUCUUACCUUGGAGAGGAUCAGGAAGCAAAGAGGAUGGAGAAUGAAAUAAAUGAGAGUGAAGAGGUUGAACCAAAAGCAGGGAUGUCUUCGCACACAACGCUUGCGGAGUCAGAGUAUCAAGUGAUUGCAGGAGACUCCGAUGAUGACCCAAGUGAAAGCGGGGCACUUGAAGACCAAUCUCCACUCGACCCCAUUGCAUCUUCUACCCCCCGACUCUCAGUCGACGAGACCUUGUUGGAGACGCAGAUCUUCGAGGAACCAAAGGGGAAGCAGAACAUGCAGAGGUCUGGCGGCCUCUUCAAUCUCACGGAUAAUCCAGAUGUGCUCGAGUUUCCCUUUAAGACCGAUAUCUUGCUUGAGCCAUUUGAGCCGACAAAGGACGAACCGGACCAGCGCAGCGACUGGCAGUUCUCCGAGCAGAAGAUGAAGAAGGAGAUAAGUCAGGAUUUUCAGAGGGAGCUGGUCAUGGUCAACCAGGGGAAGAUCCCAGGGGGAUACAGCAAGGAGGAAACCCGGCAGUUAAAGGAGACAAAACUGCUGUUUGAGGCUUUCCAACAGGACAACACAGUGGGUCCGAAAAGGCACCGGAAACCUCCUACAUCACUGACGAAAGGUUACGUCUACCCUUCCGUAAUGGAGCGCACACGUAGCAUGAGGUUGUUCUCAAUGAAAAGCUGCCCUGUGUCUAGAUCAACUUCCCUCAAACUGUUCAAAGACACUGAGAAAAGUCCUGAAAUCUUGAGAUCACUGAGCUCCGCUGGUGGUACUCUAGACAAAUCAUGCUUAGGGUUCUGCAAAAACCAAAAACAAAAGGCCAGCUGGAACAGAUCGAUGGACUCCAUAAACAAAGAUGUCUGUCCGUCCGAUGUCGGUGCGAGGAGUAAAACUCCGGAUGUAAACACGAAACAAGAAUCUCCUAUCCUGAAACAUAACCCUUUCUUCAAGUUGCGUCCAGCUCUCGCUCUGCAGCCAGAAGUAGAGAAGGAGAUCCGGGAGGCCAAAGAAAGAGAGGAAGAACUGCGCAGACAGAGAUGCACUUUGUACGGAGAAAACGGGCACGGAAAUGAAGACGUUGAAAAGUCUCACAUCGAACCAAUACUUGCAACAGUUGUCAGGAAACAGUCCAGGGGGAAACUGGAACGGGUUUGGCCGCCGCUGCCGUCCAAGAAAUCUGAACAGCAGGAGGCGAAAGUUCAGAGACCAGGAGGUCAGAAAACUCUGUGGCAACGCUGGGAGGCCGGCACGAUCAACGGGAAGCCGCCAAAGGAAAAUAACUGACGUUGGUUAUCCCGAGGUCUUCAACUCCACAAAUAGAAAUAUCAUUAAUCUGCGAUGCUAGAGCUGUAUAUGUGCAAGAUUAACUCAUUUAACCAAAACCCUAGAGGUAGUUCCAGCUUCAAUGGUUUCUGUCUGUUCUGCUUUGAAUCUGUGUAAAAAAUACGACUUUAAACUCUAUUAAUCAGCAUAGCUAUCACUCUCCAUUAUGUUUGUGUUUAUGUAAAUAAUGCAUGUCUAUUAACUGUCUGACAUUUUAAAGGGAUGACCAAUCUCCAUUUACAGCUGGCUAAAGACUUACGUUUCUUUUUCCACAAGAUCUAAAUGUACAUUUCAACUGUAUGUUGUUUUUCUUCUUUGGAUUAAUAAUAAAUUACAAUGAUAGA